AUUUUUUCCAGGCGUUCCCCCCGAGGACUUACCGAGAUCUCGACGUCGCGUUUCCAUUUCCUCGGCUGCCUCUCCGGCUCCUCGUCGUCGGGCACUGAUCUCUGAUCAUCCUUAACUUCUCGCUUCCUUCUUCGGUUGCAGAACACGGGCUGUGUUUCUUGGAAGCUGCUAAUGUCUCUGUAAUCACAGAAAGCCUGUCCUACAGAGACAUAGAGUGGUGGAAUCCAACUGAACUUCAAGUUCUGUGGAGAUAAUGGUCCGAGGCAGAGAUGCCUGCUGGGAGCACUGCGAUCUUGUCGAUGCCACGAAACAGAAGGUUAGGUGUAAUUAUUGUGAAAGAGAGUUCAGCGGAGGAGUUUACAGGAUGAAAUUUCACUUAGCUCAGAUAAAAAACAAAGAUAUAGUCCCCUGUACAAAAGUCCCGAGCAAUGUGAGGAACCACAUUCGAAGUAUACUGAGCGCUCCCAAGAAACCAAAAACUCCAAAGAAACCAAAAUUGGAUCGUGCUGCCAAUGGUCAACAAAAUAGCUCUUCUGGCAGUGAGAAUUCUCACGCCAACCCUAAUUCCAGUGGACAACGAGGAAGCUCUGGUUCGCCUGUGUUUAUUCCACAGGUAUCACCAGAUAACCCUCCUGCGACUGAUGAUUCUCAAAAGCUGAAACAGGAUCAUGCCGAUAAGAAAGUGGCCAUGUUCUUCUUCCACAAUGCAAUACCUUUUAGGGCUGCUAAAUCUGUGUAUUAUCAGGAAAUGGUUGAUUCGAUUGCAGAAUGCGGGACAGGUUAUAAAGCCCCGAGCCAAGAGAAGCUGAGAACUGCUCUUUUAGAGAAGGUGAGAGAUGACAUACAUGAUUGUUACAGGAAGUACAAGGAAGAAUGGAGAGAAUUCGGGUGUACGAUCUUGUGCGAAAGUGGACCCAGCGUCAGAACUAAGUCAGUUUUAGCGUUUACAGUCACAUAUCCCAAAGGAUCAAUAUUUCUCAAGUCGGUCAAUGUGUCAGGUCACGAGGAUGAUGCUAACUACUUGUUCGAAUUGCUCGAGUCAGUCGUUCUUGAGGUCGGCAUUGAAAAUGUUGUCCAAGUGAUAACCGAUAGUAGCGCCAGUUUUAUUUACGCAGGAAGCCUUUUAAUGGCGAAGUACAUAUCUCUGUUUUGCUCUCCUUGUGCAUCGUAUUGUAUCACUAAGAUGCUGGAAGACAUGAGCAAGCAAGAUUGGGUUGUUACAGUGUUGGAAGAUGCAAAGACAUUCAUACGAUAUAUCCACAGCAACGCUUCGACUUUGAAUAUGACCAAGAAGUUCUAUGGUGGAAAGGAGUUGAUGAGACCGGGAAUUACAAGGUCUGUGUCUGAUUUCCUCUGCCUGAGGGCGAUUGUGGUCCAUGAGGAGAACUUGAAGCACAUCUUUUCUCACAAUGAGUGGUUAUCAUCUAUAUAUAGUAGGCAUCCUGAUGCCCAGGCUUUCAAGUCCUUGCUCUACUCGGAGAGAUUCUGGAGAUCCGCCCAUGAAGUUGUGAACGUCUGGGAACCGCUGGUUAAGAUCCUGAGGAUCGUCGAUGGGGAUAUGCCCGCUAUUGGGUACUUGUACGAGGGGAUAGAGAGGGCAAAGAUUAUGAUUAAAUUGUACUAUAAGGCCAUCGAAGAGAGGUACUUGCCCAUUUGGGAAAUAAUCGACCGCAGAUGGAGUAUGCAGCUCCGAUCGCCUUUAUAUGCUGCAGCUGCAUCCCUUAAUCCUUCUGUCUUUUACUGUUCGAACUGGAAGAAUGAUCCAAGGGUGAGGAACGGGUUCCAAGAAGUGAUGCUGAAGGUGGUGAGCUCAGACGAUGAGAAGAGGAACAUCACAAGAGAGCAUCCUGUGUAUAUUAAUUCACAGGGUGCUCUCGGGACGGAACUUGCUGUUAUGGGAAGGACGCUAAAUGCUCCAGGUGAUUGGUGGGCUGCAUAUGGUUAUGAGAUCCCGACCUUACAGAGAAUGGCGACCCGUAUACUGAGUCAGCCAUGUAGCUCUCAUUGGUGCAGAUGGAACUGGAGCACGUUCGAGAGCUUACACUUUAAGACUCGCACUAAGUCCGAGUUGGAUAGGUUCAGCGAAUUGGUCUUCGUGCACUGCAAUAUGUGGCUGAAGGGAAUUUGCCAGAGGGAUGGAAGAUGUAAACCUGUCAUCUUCGAUGAAAUAGACGUUAGUUCAGAAUGGCCAACUGAGUUGGAACCUUCAGCCCCAACAUUAGAUGAUUCUUGGUUAGAGAAUUUGCAUUCUGAGGUGCAGAAUUAGUCCCUGAGUAACCAGAGAGCUCCCCAUAGUGAGACUACCCAUUGUCUAUAUAAGUAUAAUCUAUGUAGUAACAUUCUUCUGUACAGCAAUCAGAAUCAUAUGCACAUUCAAGUUGGAAAAAGUGCGAGUUUGAUUGGUAA